AAUUCUUCGGCGUGUUGUUCAGGUUGUGUGGCGAAAGUAGACUUGCACAAAAAAGAAUGGAAGUUACCGACGCAAACAUCCAAGUCCUUUGCGGUUAUUUGCAAGGGACGCUGAACCCUGAUGUGAAAGCACGUAAAGAGGCAGAGAAUUUCUUGGUUUCCGUCGAACGCAAUCAAAAUUUCCCGGUUCUUCUACUGAAGCUGCUCACCUUACAGUCCGUUGAUGCGGUCAUUCGCCAAGUGGCCGCCGUCACAUUCAAGAAUUACGUGAAGCGAAAUUGGGAAGUUGACGCGGAAGAUCACAUCCAUCCCUCUGACCGUGCAAGGGUGAAAGAGUUGGUAGUUGAACUUAUGCUGCAAUCCCCGGAAGGUGUACGAAAGCAGUUACGUGCAGCAAUACAAAUUAUUGGCGCGCAUGACUUCCCAGAAAAGUGGCCAGAUCUGAUUAAAAUUCUGGUUUCGAAGUUGGCCAGCGGAGACUUCGGUGUCAUAAACGGAGCCCUACAAACAGCUAACUCGUUAUUCAAGCGGUAUCGUCAUGAAAUGCGGUCCGAUACGCUGUUCCUUGAAAUGAAAUUUGUGAUCACCGAAAUGGGGCCGUCGUUGACCGCAUUAUUUUUAUCUACAUUGGCAUUAAUUCGUGAGCAGGAACAAAACGCCGCGGCUGUCAAAAUAUUGGGACAUUCUUUGUAUAUAAUAGCGAAAGUUUUUAAUUCCCUGAAUUCACAAGACUUGCCGGAAUAUUUUGAAGACAACAUGGUGUCCUGGAUUCCGAACUUCUGUGAACUCCUUUCGUAUUCAAAUCCAUCUCUUGUGUCAGAUUCCGAUACAGAUCCAGGUCAUUUGGAGAAGUUAAAAGCGGAGAUCUGCGACAUUGCGUCUCUCUACGCCCAAAAAUACGGCGAAGAGUUCGAGCAGUAUUUGGGACCCUUUGUCACAAGCACUUGGAACCUUCUUACAACCACUUCAAACGCCCUGAAGUACGACAGUCUUGUCGGAUCUGCUAUUGGAUUUUUAUCAUCCGUUGCCUACCGCGUGUCUAACAAGAAUUUAUUCGACGACGACGCUACUUUGGCGUCCAUUUGCGAGAAAGUAAUCAUACCGAACAUGGAAUUCAGACCUGGAGACCAAGAGCUCUUUGAAGACAGUCCGGAAGAAUACAUUCGCCGCGAUGUCGAAGGCUCAGACAUGGAAACCAGGCGUCGAGCCGCGUGCGAACUCGUUCGCGCUUUGUCGAUGUACUUCGAGACGAAAAUCACGGUGAUCUUCACUGAAUACGUCAACAGCAUGUUAUCGCGAUAUGCUUCAAAUCCAGAAAAUCAUUGGCGUGAGAAAGAUGCAGCUUUGUAUCUGGUUACUUCUCUGGUUGCAAAAGGGAAGACAGAAAAAAGCGGAGUAACGAAGGCAAAUGCACUGGUCGAUAUCAAAAGUUUCUUCUCGCAACAUAUCUUACCCGAGUUGGCAGAUGCGCAAGUUGAUUCUCGUCCAGUGGUAAAAGCGGAUUGCUUGCGAUAUGUGCUUGUGUUUCGAUCGCUUCUGGAUGCGGAGCUCGUUCGCUCUGCUAUCCCACCGAUGGUGCAACAUUUGUCUGCAAAGUCGAUCGUGUCGCAUUCGUACGCUGCAUCGGCUAUAGAGAAAAUUCUGGCCAUGCCAGAGAAAAUAGUGUCCGCUGCGGAUUUAGUAUCUGUGAUGGAGCCGUUAUUGAAAAACCUUUUUGCCAUCUUGGAGGUCGAAGGAUCAAAGGAGAAUGAAUACGCGAUGCUGGCAAUAAUGAGAGUAUUGGCGUGUUUGGGAGACGAAGUCGUACCAAUUCUAGCUCCCCUCUUGCCGAUUCUUCUCGCCAAGUUGGCUGCCGCUGCGCAGAAUCCGAAGAACCCGCGUUACAACCACUACUUGAUGGAAGCGCUUUGUUGUUCGAUCCAGGCCGCAUGCAAGGCGAAUCCUGGAGCUGCUUGUGACACGUUCGAAGCGUCGUUGUUUCCUGUGUUCCAGGAGAUUUUGCAGAAAGAUGUUGCGGAGUUCGUACCGUAUGUGUUUCAAAUAUUGGCUCUGCUUCUUGAAAUGCGGAAGAAGUACAAGCUGGCCUUGCCGGAUCCUUACAUGGCGCUUCUGGGAAUGUUGCUCUUGCCGGACGUUUGGGAGACCCACGGAAAUAUUCCCCCGUUGUCUAGACUUCUUCGGGGAUUUGUGAACCUUGGAGAAGAUAGAGUCGUGAGUGCUGAAAAAGUCCCGGAGUUCCUGCGGAUUUUCCAGCGUCUCAUCGCGUCGAAGAAGUUCGAUGGUGAAGGGUUCUAUUUGGUGUCGACGAUACUGGAGAUGCCGCAAGGGCAGAGCAUCCUGCAUCAACAUUUCCGGCAGAUUUUUACACUAAUAUUCACGAGGCUGACGCAAGGGAGAACCCCGAAGUUUUCUAAGCAUUUGAUUGUUUUCGCGUCGCAUUUCGUAACGUGUCUAUCACCGGAGGCGCUGAUUGAAGUCAUUGACGGACUGCAAGCUGGAAUGUUCGGCAUGUUUCUCGAGAGGGUUUUGUUCCAGGAGUCUCAAAAGAUCACGAGAAACGAGGAAAAAGAAGUCGUUGUGACGGGUCUCACGAAACUUCUCGCCUGUGAACCAAUGGCAACCGGGAAGUACGCUGAGAAAUGGGGUCUAACAUUCACCUGUCUCGUCAACCUUCUACAACUACCGUCAGAAACCGUGAACCGCUCUGAAGUUGUGGCGUUGGAACACGGCGAAGGCAGCUACGAAGACCCGUUCGAAACGAACGUCGGCUAUCAUGGGUCAUACUCCAGGCUCCUUUUUGCGGGUUCCGGUGAAAAUUUCCCUUUCAAAAACAAGGUCCCGUGUGUCAAGUCCCUGUUGACACUUGCGCUGCGGCAGGUAGUUUCGAUCGGUGGGCAUUUGGACAAGCUUGUGAUGACUGUUCAGGACGAGAGUGCUCGUAUGAAUGCUGUCGAUUUUAUCAAAGGGCUCGGCGUUGCGAUCUGAACGAAGCUUUGAUUCUUCAAUUGUCCUGUGAGAUUCCGCCUCUGCUUUUUUUUGAAGUUUUUACGAUUUGCGAGUUGAUGCUAGCAAUAAAUUUAUGAAUUUGUGCCACUCCCAGAGAUGAAA